CAUUAUUCCCUUCUCUCUUUCUUCUGCUUCUUUCAGUAAGAUUAAUGCGAAUGACAAUGACUAGAGAGGGCAAGAAAAUCAGAAAACAGAAAGGGACGAAGAAGCAAAAGGAGGUUGGCCAUGGGUUACUUUGACAAACAGUGGGACGCACUGUAAAUAACAAACAGUAUACCAUGUCAAGGCCGGCUCACGCUCACCUACCCCCUCGUUGCCCAUUGCAGAGCAGAGCUUCUCGCCACGUCCAGGAUCCUCCAGUCUCUCCAACUUUUUCCAGAAACGACGGGUUGCGCCCUCUUCAUUAUCGUUCUUCUUCUCAGAGUUCCAUCUUGGAGGAGCAGCCAUCUUGGCUUGAUGAACUUCUAAGUGAUUCCGAAACCCAUUCCAAAGGGACCUUUCUUCGCCGAUCAGCUAGCGAUUCAGCGGCUCUCGUGGAGGGUUUGGCCUCCUUUUCCGGUAUUUCUUCUGUUAAUGAUGGGCAGAGUGCCAUUUCCGACGAAACUGGAAAUAGUUUGGUAGAUGAUUGUGUAUAUGGACCAAACUCUCCUCGACGAAAGUCGAAUUUAACCCAUUCGAGGGACCCCAUAGUUUCGGCAUUAUCCGAGUACGUUUCUCGAAAGCCUCUGCAGUUUUUAUCCGGGGAUAUCUGUGUUUCUGAAACUAUCCAAUCUUAUUCGAAAGGAAAUGCUUGUGGUUCGAAUGGUGAGCUUGAUUCUGAGGCAAACGUUGCACAACGGCACCCUGCACAGCGUUCUAGGGUUCGUAAGCUUCAGUAUAUUGCUGAACUAGAGAGAACUGUCAAUGUUUUUCAGACUCUGGAAUCAGAGUUGGAAGCCAGAGUUGCUUCGCUCCUUCAGAAGCGUGUUCUUUUGUCUGUGGAAAACAACACACUAAAGCAGCAAAUAGUCUACCUCCAGAAAGAAAAAUUAUUCAAGGCUGGUCAAUAUCAGACACUGAAGAAGGAAGUUGAGAGGUUGACCAAGGAUUACACAAAUCAUCUGAAGAGUAGUCCACAUUCUCGCACAGGAUCCAACAUCGGUGUAAUUUCUUCAGAGGCUAGUUGGAAGAUUUUAGACAUGGGAAGACUUAGUCUUGGUGGAAACCCAGUUACACUGAAUUGUAUGUUUUCAGAAGCCAAUGAGGCUUGAGGGUAUGGGCUCUGGUUUCACAUACAUUUUCUUAUGUAGGAGAUUCAAGCGAAAACUAUGCCAACUACGAAGUCGUAGAACCCCAGGUAGGUAUCCUAGCAAUCAUGCAAGUUCUUUGUUGUAAAUGUUAAACCUACUAUAGGUCUUGUAGGAACUAAUAUAUCUAACUGUGGAUGACAACGUUAUCGUUACCUAUAUAAUUCUAUUUGUAUCUACA